UUCCAAAAUACGCCGAGAGUAUUCCUGAUGGUGAAACGAGCGUUGCUUCAUCGAACGCAGCUAAAGAAAACAACAUCUAUGUAGUUGGUGGUACGAUGCCUGAAAUAGGGGGCGAUAAAUUGUACAAUACCUGUACUAUUUGGGGUCCCGAUGGAACUUUGAUAGCAAAACACCGAAAGGUACAUCUAUUCGACAUCGACAUUCCUAAUAAGAUUACUUUUCGAGAGAGUGAUUCACUCAGUCCUGGUAACUCCCUAACGACGUUCGAUGUGAAGGGCUGCAAAAUAGGUAUUGGCAUUUGCUAUGAUAUUAGAUUCGAGGAAAUGGCACGCAUUUAUCGGAACAAAGGUUGCCAAAUGCUGAUAUAUCCAGCGGCAUUCAAUAUGACCACUGGACCACUGCACUGGUCAUUACUUCAGCGUUUCAGAGCGAAUGAUAAUCAAUUAUACGUUGCCUGCAUAUCACCGGCUCGUGUUCCUUAAGCAAGUUACGUCGCAUGGGGACAUACACAGUUGACCAAUCCCUGGGGAAAGAUUCUUUACGAUUUGGAAACUCAAGAGAAUAUGGCAGUCACCGAUAUCGAUCUAAAAGUUGUUGAGGAAGUAAGGGCUCAGAUACCUACAUUUUCUCAGAGACGUACAGAUUUGUACGACACUGUCUGUAAGAAGGAGUAACUCUACACUAAAACAGAAAAUGUUUUUUUAUAAUAUUUCUACUACGAUAUCCUUUUUUUGUGAAUUAUUACUAAUUUCUUAUCAUUUGUACUAAAUGAAUGACUCAAUUAAGAAAACCAAAACGUUAUAAAUAAUAAUCUGUAUAUCUUGUGUAUCAACAUGUAAUUGGAUAUUAUAAUAAUAUAGGAUAAUAAUAUAGGAGAAUAAUAAUAUAGAAAAUAAUACAUGCUUUUAAACACCUUUAAUAUCGAUCACAUAAAUUGUAAUAAUUCACAAUGAUCACGCAUACAUAAAAGACCCUUUGAUAGUAAAAUUUACGAUCAAAACGCAAUUACGUAUCGUUUAACAACAUUUAAUUUAUAACACCUUUUAAACAUUUAGACAGAUUAACACAUAACACUUCUUAUAUAUAAACAUCAAUUCGAAGUUAUCAGCUUGGAGAAAUUGGUCGAUUAAUACCUGUAGAUUGUCUGUCUCGAUGAAAGCCUUAAAGAGAGCAAAAACAUGAUAAUGCCGCUAAUAUAAUAUUCCUUCUUUCUUGUAUCUGUCUGCCUCUCAGGUCGUUUUACUAAUUACAAUAAGUAAUUUCGACUUCUUUGCGCUCUCUUUUAACGCAUUCGAGACCGAAAGAAAUUCAUAUCAGUCAGUAGGCAAGGGUAUAAUAUACAUAUUUUAUAUAUAACUUAUGUAGUAAUGUAUAGAUCAUGUUAAUUUCAUAUUUUUUUCAAUAUAGAAUUAUUAUAUAUAUAUAUAUAUAUAUA